GCUAACUGACCUGGUACCUUGCUUGCGGGUCACCUUCAGACGCGCUCCGGUGGGUGCUUGAGACGGUGGUGUUCUGGUGGUAGUGCAGUGAAGCGUGUCGAAUAUCUGAACGAACUAUACCAUCGAAGUUCACUAUCUACUUCGACAACUUUAGGCACCCACCACCAAAAUGCCCGGCCACGUGAAAAAGAGCACGGGUCCCGACCCUGACCCCUCCGAGUUCUUGUUCAUCUCUAUGGAGAUGAAGAUGAAGGAUGCCACCAAGCCUUAUGACUCCAAGAAGUCUUGCUGGAUCCCUGAUCCUAAGGAAGGCUUCAUCGAAGGUGAGAUCCAAGGGACCAAGGGUGACCUUAUUACUGUCUACGCAGGUGGUGAGACCAAGAAUUGGAAGAAGGACCAAGUAGGACAGGUCAAUCCUCCCAAGUACGAGAAAUGCGAGGACAUGUCUAACUUGACUUACCUUAACGAUGCCUCCGUCCUGUACAACUUGAAGAGCCGUUACGUCCACAGGCUCAUCUACACCUACUCCGGUCUCUUCUGUAUCGCCAUCAACCCCUACAAGCGGUACCCCAUCUACACCAACCGUACGGUCAAGAUCUACCAGGGUAAGAGGCGUAAUGAAGUGCCUCCUCAUCUCUUCGCCAUCGCCGACGGUGCCUACAUGAACAUGAUGCAACUUGGCGAGAACCAGUCUAUGCUUAUCACCGGUGAGUCUGGUGCUGGUAAGACAGAGAACACCAAGAAGGUACUCUCCUACUUCGCCAACGUCGGCGCCACCACCAAGAAGAAGGGCGAGGUAGCCAAACAGAACCUCGAGGACCAGAUCAUCCAGACCAACCCUGUACUGGAGGCCUUCGGUAACGCCAAGACCACCCGUAACGACAACUCCUCCCGCUUCGGUAAGUUCAUCCGUAUCCACUUCCAACAAAAUGGCAAGCUGUCCGGUGCUGAUAUUGAGGUCUACCUGCUGGAGAAGGCUCGUGUCAUCUCCCAGCAGCCCGCCGAGCGUUCCUACCAUAUCUUCUACGAGAUGAUGUCCGACCAGAUUAAGGAGCUCAAGCCCUCGUGUUUACUUAGUGACGACAUCUACGAUUAUCACUACGUGUCUCAGGGCAAGGUCACCGUCCCCUCCAUUGAUGACGGCGAGGACAUGCAGUUCUGUCACGACGCCUUCGACAUUCUUGGCUUCACAAAACGAAACGUUGAAGAAGUCUACAAGGUCACCGCCGCUGUCAUGCACAUGGGUGAGAUAAAGUUUAAGCAGAGGGGUCGCGAGGAGCAGGCUGAACCCGAUGGUACUGAGAAAGGUGACAUAGUUGCCAAACUGAUGGGUGUUGAAGGCGCUGAUCUAUACAGGAAUAUUACCAAGCCCAAGAUCAAGGUCGGCUCAGAGUUCGUAGCCAAGGGCAUGAACGUGAACCAGUGUUAUUACUCUGUCGGUGCCUUGGCUAAGGGUCUCUUCGAUCGUGUCUUCAAGUGGCUGGUUGUGAUUUGUAACAAGACUCUUGAGACUGGUCAAAAGCGUCAUUCAUUCAUCGGUGUGCUCGAUAUUGCCGGCUUCGAGAUUUUCGACUACAACGGCUUUGAACAGAUCUGCAUCAACUUCUGUAACGAGAAGCUGCAGCAGUUCUUCAACCAUCACAUGUUUGUGCUGGAGCAGGAGGAAUACAAGAAGGAAGGCAUCGACUGGGUCUUCGUGGACUUCGGUAUGGAUCUGCAGGCCUGCAUCGAGCUCUUCGAGAAGAAAAUGGGUUUGCUCGCCAUCCUUGAGGAAGAAUCUAUGUUCCCCAAGGCUACUGACAAGUCUUUCUCUGAGAAGUUAAAUGCUAACCACCUUGGAAAGUCUCCUGUGUUCAUCAAGCCUAAGCCACCAAAGGCUGGUAUACCAGAAGCUCACUUCGCCAUUGUUCACUACGCUGGUACUGUCAGUUACAACCUGAGUGGCUGGCUCGAGAAGAACAAGGAUCCUCUCAACGACACUGUUGUUGACCAGCUCAAGAAGUCCAACAACGAACUUAUCGUCACGAUCUUUGCUGACCAUCCCGGACAGUCUGGUCCCGUCGAGUCUAAAGGUGGUCGUGGUGCAAAAUCUGGUUCCUUCAAGACUGUGUCUUCUGGAUACAGGGACCAGUUGAACAACCUGAUGAGGACCCUCAACUCUACUCACCCUCACUUCAUCCGUUGUAUCGUCCCCAACGAGACCAAGUCUCCUGGUGUGACUGAGGCCGGCUUGAUCAUGCACCAGCUGACCUGUAACGGUGUACUUGAGGGUAUCCGUAUCUGUCGUAAGGGCUUCCCCAACAGGAUGGUCUACCCUGACUUCAAGCACCGCUAUAAAAUCUUGGCUUCCAAGGAGAUGACUGAUAUAGCAGACGAGAAGAAAGCUGCAAAAGUUUGCUUCGAAAAGGCGGGUCUGGACCCAGAAAGCUAUCGUCUUGGCAACACUAAGGUAUUCUUCCGCGCUGGUGUCCUGGGUAACUUGGAAGAAAUCCGUGACAAUUUCUUGGGUAAGAUCAUUACCUGGCUGCAGUCAUGGAUGCGCGGUUUCACCGGCCGUAAAGAAUUCGGCAGACUCCAGGAACAGCGUGUUGCCCUUGUUGUUGUCCAACGCAACCUGAGGAAAUUCCAGGCGAUGCAGUCCUGGGUCUGGUUCAAUCUCUGGCAGAAGGUCAAACCCCUCCUUCAUGUCACUCGCAUUGAAGACGUCAUUAACGCCCUUCAAGAUAGGGCCAAGGCUGCGGUGGAAAAUUUGGAGAAUGAAUCUAAGGCUCGUCAGGAUCUGGAAGUUUCCAACGCUGCAUUAACAGAGGAAAAGAACAAUCUCCUGGCUACUCUUUCAUCUACGAAAGGCAAUAUGUCUGAGUUUCUUGAGCAACAAGCAAAAUUGCAGAGCCAAAAAGUUGAACUUGAAGCACAACUCUCUGAUGUCACCAUGCACUUACAAAAAGAGGAAGAGGCCCGAAUUGCAGUCGGCCAAGAAAGGAAGAAGACUGACCAAGAGGCAACCAAUAUGAAGAGAGAUUUCGAAGACCUCGAACUAACAAUUCAAAAGCUUGAACAAGAAAAAGCUGGUAAGGAUCACCAGAUCCACAAUCUCAAUGAAGAGAUUGCUCAUCAAGAAGAACUAAUUAACAAGGUAAAUAAAGAAAAGAAGCAACUGCAAGAAUACAACCAGAAGACCGCUGAAGAUCUUCAAGGCGUCGAGGAUAAGUGCAAUCAUUUCAACAAAAUGAAAACCAAGCUUGAGCAGACUCUUGACGAGCUUGAAGAUUCCGUUGAACGCGAGAAAAAGUUGCGUGCUGAGGUUGAAAAGAGCAAGAGGAAAGUUGAAGGAGACCUUAAAUUGUCCCAAGAGACAGUUUCUGACCUGGAGCGCAAUCAUAGAGAAAUCGAAAACACCAUUCAACGCAAAGAAAAAGAGAUUUCCGCACUCUCCAAUAAGAUUGAGGAGGAACAGAGUAUUGUAUCUAAGAGUCAAAGACAGGUAAAGGAACUUCAGUCCCGCAUCGAGGAGCAAGAACAAGAGGUUGAGCACGAGCGCCAGGCUCGUGCUAAGGCUGAGAAAGGUAAGUCUAACUUGGCCCGCGAAUUGGGAGACCUAGGAGAUCGUCUGGAUGAGGCUGGUGGAGCCACAGCCGCCCAGGUGGAGCUCAACAAGAAGCGUGAUGCUGAACUGGGUAAACUCCGCCGUGACCUCGAGGAAACCACCAUCCAGCAUGAGUCUGCCCUCAAUCUCCUUCGCAAGAAGCAUAAUGAUGCCGUCGCUGAAAUGUCUGAGCAAGUUGACCAUCUUACCAAGAUGAAGGCCAGGACUGAGAAGGAGAAAGACGCUCUGAAGCGAGCUGCUGAUGAUGCCAAGUCUGCCAUGGAUAGUCUUGCUCGGGAUAAGGCUGCUGCCGACAAAGGAAACAAGCAAGUUCAGCAACAGAUCAACGAGGCUAAUGGCAGAUUCGAAGAGGCUAAUCGUACCCUCAACGACUUCGAUGCUACUAAAAAGAAGCUUGCUGUUGAGAAUGCUGAACUCCUACGCCAGCUUGAGGAGACUGACAACCAAAUUAGCAUGCUGUCUAAGCUGAAGGUGUCCCUGAGCACUCAGCUUGACGAAGCAAAGAAGUAUGCAGAUGAAGAGAGCAAGGAGCGUUCAACUAUACUUGGAAAGUAUCGCAACUUGGAACACGACAUUGACGGACUUCGCGAACAGUUGGAUGAAGAAGCUGAAGGUAGAAGUGACAGCCAGCGCCAACUUUCCAAAGCCAACACUGAAGCCCAAAUGUGGCGCGCUAAAUAUGAGUCUGAGGGAGUUGCCCGGGCUGAGGAGCUUGAGGCUGCUCGCUUGAAACUUGCUGCCCGUCUUGAGGAAGCUGAAUCACAGAUUGAGCAACUCAAUGUAAAAAAUAUGAGCCUUGAAAAGAGUAAGCAACAAAUUAGUUCUGAGCUUGACGAAAUACAUAUUGCAGCUGAACGCGCCCAAAACCUAGCAAUAGCUGCUGAAAAGAAACAGAAGUCCUUUGAUAGAAUCAUAACUGAAUGGAAGGUGAAGGUUGACGACCUUGCUGUCGAACUGGAUUCAUCCCAAAAGGAGUGUCGCAACUAUUCAUCUGAACUCUUCCGCGUUAAGGCUUCCUAUGAAGAAAACCUUGGAACACUUGACUCAGUCCGCCGCGAGAACAAAGGCCUUGCUGAUGAAAUCAAAGACUUGAUGGAUCAGAUUGGAGAAAGUGGUCGGUCCUACCACGAACUGGAGAAGAAUGGCAAGCGUCUUGAAAUCGAAAAAGAUGAACUGCAGGCCGCUCUUGAGGAGGCUGAGGCCGCUCUUGAACAGGAAGAAAACAAGGUGCUUCGUAGUCAGCUUGAACUCAGUCAAGUCAAACAGGAAAUUGACAAGCGUAUUCAGGAGAAAGAAGAGGAAUUUGAUAACACUCGCAAAGUUCACCAACGUGCCAUUGAAACCAUGCAGUCUUCCCUUGAGGCAGAAGCCAAGGGCAAGGCUGAAGCUCUCCGUCAGAAGAAGAAAUUGGAGACUGAUAUUAGUGAACUCGAGGUUGCCUUGGACCAUUCUAAUAAAGCUAACUCUGACCUUCAAAAAUAUAUCAAGAAACUUCAGGUCGAGAUGAGGGACCUACAAGUACGGGUAGAAGAAGAACAACGUCUUGCCUCUGAAUACCGUGAACAACACAGUAUUGCUGAUCGCCGGGCUAAGGCUCUCAAUGGUGAAUUGGAAGAAUCACGUACACUUCUCGAACAGUCUGACCGUGGUCGUCGCCAGGCAGAGUCAGAGCUUAGUGAUGCCAAUGAAAAAAUGGGCAGCCUGAGUGCCCAGAACAAUUCCCUCGCUAUAGCCAAGAGGAAGUUGGAAGGAGAAAUGACAACCCUUCAAUCUGAUAUCGACGAGAUGCUGAACGAAGCCAGGAACUCUGAGGACAAGGCUAAGAAGGCAAUGGUUGACGCCGCCCGCCUGGCUGAUGAACUCCGCGCAGAGCAGGAACACGCCCAGACCCAGGAGAAGAUGCGCAAGGGUCUGGAAGUUUCCAUUAAGGAUCUUCAGCUUCGACUUGAGGAAAGCGAGAGUAGUGCCUUGAAAACUGGCAGGAAGACUUUGGGUAAGCUGGAAUCCCGUCUUCAUGAGUUGGAAGGCCAGUUAGACGAUGAGUCUCGUCGUCAUGCUGACGCCCAGAAGAACCUGAGGAAGUGUGAGAGGCGCAUCAAGGAGCUCACCUUCCAGUCCGAUGAGGACAAGAAGAACCACGAGAGGAUGCAGGACCUUGUCGACAAGCUGCAGCAGAAGAUCAAGACCUACAAACGCCAGAUCGAGGAGGCAGAAGAGAUCGCCGCCCUGAACUUGGCCAAGUUCCGCAAAACACAACAGGAGCUAGAGCAAGCUGCAGGAAGUGCUUAAUAUUCUUGGCCUCCAUUCUUACAAACGUAUGGGCUAUAAUGUCAGUUUCAGAGCAUAUUAAUAAAUUCUAUUCGGUUGAAAUAGCUCAUAUAAAUUUAUGAAAUAAUUGUUUAGUGUAAUCUAUAAUUAUUUUAUGCGAAAAUAAUAUAGUAAUUUUUGAAAAUAUAAACAAAAUGAAUGUAUUGAUGAGAAAUACUGGCAAAAGAAAAAUAAAUUAUAUAUAUUUACGUAACCUAAUUCCAUUUUUUAUUAUAAUAAGCCCAAUAUACAAGUUUAUGAUAUUAUUGUAUACGUCAUUCACAUUAUAGAAGAAAAAGGUUCAAUACACUCAGCAAAGCAAAACUAUA